AGGGGAGACUGCCGAGGUCGCACCUUGCAGAUGAAGGGGUGGAGCUGAGAUCUUACCCAGUCCCCGGGAAGGCGGAAGCCGGGAGUGGGAGUGCGGCCGAGGACUCUUACCUGUUGAUCCCUUGCACACAGGUAGAGGCGGAAGCUCCGGGUCCAGAUCCAGUGGGCAGCUUCCCAGGCAGCCAUGAACUACGUGGGGCAACUGGCGGAAACGGUGUUUGGGACUGUGAAGGAGCUCUACCGGGGCCUGAACCCCACCACCCUGAGUGGUGGCAUCGACGUGCUGGUGGUGAAGCAGGUGGAUGGCUCCUUCCGGUGCUCGCCCUUCCAUGUCCGGUUUGGCAAACUGGGCGUCCUUCGAUCUCGGGAGAAGGUGGUGGACAUUGAGAUCAAUGGGGAGCCGGUGGACUUGCAAAUGAAGCUGGGGGACAGUGGGGAGGCCUUCUUUGUCCAGGAGCUGGAGAGUGAUGAGGAAGACGUGCCUCCCCGCCUGUGCACCUCCCCCAUCCCCUGGGGCGGCCUGUCUGGCUUCCCCUCAGACUCCCAGGUUGGCACCACCAGUGAGCCUGAAGGCCUCAUCAUCAAGGGCCGGAGGAAGAAGCGUCGAAGGAAGAAAUCCAGGCGAAAGGAGGAUGCAGUAGCAACUGAGUCUAGUUCUGAGGAGCUGGAGGCUGGAGCCGAGAGUGAAUUGUCCCCUCUGGGAAAGCUGAAGCCAGAGUCCCUAGGCAGUGCUCAGUUGGAAAGGGAAUUGUCACUGCAGCCGAAAGACAUCUACCCCUGCUCUGAUGGCGAGUGCUUCCCCCAGGACAGUCUCUUGUCAGGUGGCCUAAUAUUCCCUAAGAGUGACUCAGAGUUGGAGCUGCGGGCCUCAGAAUCCAGUCCCUUGAUAGCUGAGUCCCAUAUGCAGUGGGCCUGGGGGAGGCUGCCGAAGGUGGCCAAAGCUGAGCAGCCUGAGUCCUCAGUAGUCCCUGUAUGUGGCACUGGAACAACCACUCCUCUUCAAAGGGGACCCAGCACCUCUUUCUCCUCUGUGGCUGCCCUGGGCCCUUUGGGACUCAAAAUCCCACAAACAGGGGACAGUGCUAAUCUGUUUGGGCCUGAUGUGGAGUCCCGCUGGAGGAAAACCCUGAUGGAUUGCCCUCAGUCCUCCCCAGUGGGUGAAGAAACAAAGGUUCAGAGCUCCAAGGAUGCAAACCUCCUUCCUGCUGCUAAAUCAUGGAACUGGGCCCUUCUGGAGGAUACUGCUCCCACUGGGCAGCCGGAAGUCUCCAGGGGGAAAAGCUCUCAGAAGAAAGGCCAGCACUUGGGCCCCAGUGACAUCUACCUGGAUGACUUGUCCUCCCUGGACUCUGAGAAUGCAGCUCUUUACUUCCCUCAAAGGUGCUGGGUUCUAGGUGCCAAGGCCCCAGGGGGCCAAAGGUCCACUGUCAAGCUACUGGAAGGAGUGGGAACCUGCCCCUUUCUUCUUUGUAUUUAUAUCAUUGUCAACACCUUUGCCCCCAGCAACUGUGGGCUAGGAGCCAGGCGGUGGAGUGAACCCUGCAGCCAGAAGCUCCUGGGGAGCCCCAACCCUGAACGUGAACCGGAAUCCACUCCAGACUCAGUGGACAUCAUAGCACUGUCCCUCUGCGGUGGACUGGCUGACAGCCGGAACAUUUCCCAGGAGAAAUUCAACGAGCACAUCGUCUCCUACCAGGAUCUCACCAAAAACCCUGGGCUCCUGGAUGACUCAAACCUCGUGGUGAAAAUCAAUGAGAAGUACUAUAACUGGGCUGUGGCUGCCCCCAUGAUCCUUUCCCUGCAAGCUUACCAGAAGAACUUGCCCAAGAGCACCGUGGACAAGCUGGAGAAGGAGAAGAUGCCCCAGAAGGGUGGGCGGUGGUGGUUUUCCUGGCGACGAAGGGAUUUCCCAGCAGAGGAGCAGGGUGUCCAGAGGGAGAACCUCACAGCCAGGGAGCACCAGGGGGAGAAGACAGAAGUCCCAAGCAGUGAUGACGAUGCCCCAGACAGCCCUGUGAUCCUGGAGGUCCCCUCCCCACCACCCUCAGCCCCAGCCUACAUUCCUACCUACAAGAAGUCCCUCCGCCUCUCUUCUGAUCAGAUUCGGCGCCUGAACCUCCAUGAAGGUGCCAAUGAUGUAGUCUUCAGCGUGACCACCCAGUACCAGGGCACCUGCCGCUGCAAGGCCACCAUCUACCUGUGGAAAUGGGAUGACCAGGUGAUCGUCUCUGACAUCGAUGGCACCAUCACCAAGUCGGAUGCUCUAGGACACAUUCUGCCCCAGCUGGGGAAAGACUGGACACAUCAAGGCAUCAUUAGUCUCUACAACAAAAUCCACCUAAAUGGGUACAAGUUCCUGUACUGCUCAGCAAGGGCUAUUGGCAUGGCUGACCUCACCAAGGGGUACCUGCAGUGGGUGAGCGAGGGUGGCUGCGGCCUCCCCAAGGGCCCCAUCUUGCUGUCUCCCAGCAGCCUCUUCUCUGCCCUCCACAGGGAGGUGAUUGAGAAGAAGCCAGAGGUGUUCAAGGUUGCCUGUCUGAGUGACAUCCAGCAGCUCUUUCUGCCCCAUGGACAGCCCUUCUAUGCUGCCUUUGGGAACAGGGCUAAUGAUGUCUUUGCCUACCGACAGGUAGGCCUACCUGAAUCUCGAAUCUUCACAGUCAACCCCCGGGGAGAACUCAUUCAGGAGCUCAUGAAGAACCACAAAUCCACGUAUGAACGGCUUGGUGAGGUGGUUGAGCUCCUCUUCCCGCCUGUGGCCCGUGGCCCCAGCACAGACCUGAUCAACCCUGAGUACAGCAAUUUCUGCUACUGGCGGCAGCCAUUACCUGCCGUGGACCUUGAUACCCUGGCCUGAGCCAGCCCCAGCUGCCCCUCACUGGUCUGGUCCAGGACUGGGCAUCUGGAGGUACAAGGGGUUAGAAGCCAGGUACAACAGGCUUCUAAAACACUAAAGGAAGGGGGGCGGGUACACACUGACUUGUAGCCACAGAGACUCCCAUGUCCCAGACAAAGGGUAUAGGGCAGCUGCCAUAGAUCUGUGUGUCUUUGACCUAUAGCAUGGUACUACUGGGCAUGCUGGCAUAUGCCGGUAAUUCCAGCUACUUGGGAGGCUGAGAUAGGAGGACUGCCAGUGAGCCUGGCCUGGGCAACUUAGUAAUACCUUGUCUCAAAAUAAAAAGGGUUGAGGAUGUAGCUUGCCUAGCAAGUAUGAGGCCCUAGAUUCCAUCUCCAGCACGGCAAAAAAAAAAAAAAAAAAAAGUCACUUAGGCCCUUCCAGGGUUUGUCUUUGUCUUUAAUGUGUCCGUCUGUCCUGUCCCAGCCACCCUGGGACUUUGCCUGAACUCAACAUGUCAGACAAGAGGAAGACUCUGAGACUUGAGGCCUAUCUGUAUAGGGAAGAGGGCAUCAGUGGCAGCAGGGCAUGGCUGAGUGGCACUGGGAAAGAACACCGUGCUCAAGCCGUGCUCCUGUGGGAGCCUAGACUGUGCCCUGCAAAGCAGCUUCUCCACGGCCCCACCCCUGCUCAGUUCCCGAGCUGGGCAUCACUGCCUCCCUCGCUGGUGCCUGACGUCAGGAAAAGGAAACUCGGAUCCCACAAGGACUGAGGAAACGUGGCUCCUGCUUGCCCCAUCGCAGCCUCGCCACUGUCCCUGAUCCUCUCAGAACAUCCUUUGAGGACUCAGCCUCACACCUGGCCCUGGUAGGUGGUGUCUGCUGACCACCUCGCCUGGCCUCUGAGAGUCAGUGCAGUGUUCAGCUGCUGAGAGAGCUCUCACUUGAGGCACAGGGUGACACCCCCAGCAGUCUUCCCUCACACUGCCUUUGGGGAAAAAAAGCACUUUUAGACUGGCUGAAAGCUUUAAUCCAGAAUCUGCCCUCCUCCCAUGGUGCCAGGGUGGAGGGCACAGCACCGAAUGUUCAGAAGGGGUCCUGCAGACAGCACAGGAGGCCCAUGCCACCGUGAGGGGAACCAAGGCCAACAGCCUCGGCACAGGUGGGAAUUGUGUGGGCCUGAGGAACACUUGUGUUUUUCCAGUUGUGCCUUGAUGGUUUCAUACCUGAAUUGCUUACCUCUCUGUGAUCAUCCUGGCAGGGCUAGGGUUUUGUAAGGGUGUUAAAAGCAAGGCCUAAUCUCCUGUUCCCCCAGCUAUGGCUUUCUCAGGGUCUGGCUUCCUUUGGGCCUCCAUAUACAUUAAAGCCACACUUAGGAGAGAGGUACUGAUCUGUGGGAACAGGAGAUUUUUCUCCAACUGGAAAGAAGAGGACCAGAGCCCUGAAAACGUCUUUGGGGGAAGGAAAGGAAAAAAAAAAAA